GACCAACCUCGGAUCGGCCCGCGUUUCUCGGGACAUGUGUGAAAAGCUAAAAAAGCAAUAAUAUGCACCUACAUGGACGAAUGAGGUACCCUCAAGCGCGCGAGCCAGAACUUUUCCGCGCCGGUCCCUGUGAAGACGUCCACGGAGCGCAUGGCUGCAACGCGGAAGAAUGGAUGUGGAAACAUGUAUGCAUGGAGUUAGUAAGUGAAUUAUGAGUGAGGUUUGGCCAUAAGACGGAGGUUCUAACAGUUACAAAAGUUUUGAACAGAAUUAGCAUAUAGGAGUCCAUCUUCACCUUUGUAUAUAACCCCUCUAUUCCUCCCGCGUGACUAACAUCUCGUCAGCCAUCUUACUAGGGACCUUCACAAAUCAUUAGGACCCCAAAUCAUUAAGACCCCAAAUCACCAAGACCUCAAAUCAUUAAAACCCCAAAUCAUUAAGACCCCCACAAAUCACACAUUCCAGCUAUGAACGACUCGGAAGGAAAAUUGUCGGUGGCUGACACCUACCAAAAAGACCCAGAGAAAAACGAUGGACAGGAAGAGGCAGGCUAUCCCGGUGCGGCAGAAAUCUCGGAAGCCAGGCCGGAGGUGUUCACCUCUGCCAUCCAGGAGUACAUGGUGGUGAUGAUCUGCACGCUUGCAGUUGCGGCUGCUUCCAUCUCUGGCGGCUGCUACCAAAUGUCACUAGAGCACACAGGGAAAUACUUCAACAUCAACGGUGGUCUGUUGACGUGGGCUAUCGGUGCGAAUAGUUUGGCCGUCGGGGCGUUUCUUCUCCUUUCGGGCGGGGUUGCGGACGCCUUUGGCCGCAAAAACUCCUUGAUCAUCAGCAUUAUCCUCUACAGCGUGUUUAAUUUAAUCACUGGAUUUAUGCAAUCCUUUAUUUCGUUGUGCAUCUUCCGGGCGUUCAUCGGGAUCUUUGUUUCGGCCGCAACACCCGCCUCGGCCGGGAUCUUGGGGGCCAGCUACUCUCCUAGCAAGAGAAAGAACCGAGUCAUGGCUUGUUUUGCCGCCGGUGCACCCUUAGGCUACAUCGCUGGGUUGAUUGUCGGUGGUAUUGCUACGGAAUACCUCAGCUGGAGGGCCUGCCACUACUUUUUGGCCAUCGUCUACAUCUUCUUAGCGCCGCUAAUCUACUUUUACGUCCCCCAGGAUGCAACCUUAGACAGGAAGACAGUGAUAGCGAAGCUAAAGUCGUUAGACUACUUUGGGGCGUUCCUCAUUAUCAGCAGUUUUACCCUCAUUGUCUUUUCCUUGACCCAGGUGGAUGUCACGCAGGAGAAGUGGAACACUCUGUACAUCAUCGCGUGCCUUGUGCUCGGGAUUGUCAUCCUUGGCUGCUUCGUGGUGUACGAAAUCUAUAUUCCCGAGGACCCGUUGCUCGUGGUGGAGCUCUGGAAAAACCGCAACUUUGUCAUAGCCGUGGUGUGCAUGGGCUUCUGUUGGAUGGAUUUCAAUGCGGUGCUCACCUACUAUGCCACUUUGUACUUUCAGUACAUCAAGGACUACAGCCCGUUGCACACCACUGCGGUCGCCAUGCCCAUGGGUGUUGCGGGUGUCAUGGUGAACGUCUUUGCGGGCUUGACGUUGCAUCUUAUUCCUGGCCGUCUCUUGAUGAUGGCCAGCACUCUUUCGUUCUUGGCAGCUGCAAUCAUCUGGGCCACCAUGGGUUACGACAGAUCCUACUGGUCCGGGCCUUUCAUCAGCUACGUUCUUUCCGUCAUCGGGGCUGACUUGGCGUAUAACGUUGUCAACAUGGUUUCCCUUUCCUCCGUGGCCAAGCACUUGCAGUCCAGAGCUGCCGGGACGUUCAACACCUUCAUCCAGUUGUCUGCCAGCAUCGGGCUAGGGGUCUCUUCCGCUAUUGUCAGCGCCACAUACCCCGCUUUUGGGACCCCUGAGGGCUAUGCGAACAAACUCGGGUUGUUCAAGAGCUUUAAAAACGCAUACUGGUUUGGUGCUGGCUGCGCAGGGGCCGCAUUGGUUCUUUCCUGCUUUUUGCAAGUGGGGACCGCUGGGGAUCAAAAAGACGCCGAAAGAGAUGCUAAGUUACAGGCUAAAGCGGAGCGUGAGCGGUCUGAGGGGUUGAGCAACAAGAUACUGAAUGCGUAAGCUUCAAUAGAUUGCAAUUGUAUACGUAUCUAUUGCAUGACCAUUAUGAUUAGAGUAUUUAGAACAUAGCUUUUUCACUCGGAUAUAAGUUUCGUCCGUCCAAC